ACGUUCUUUUUCCUCCCUGCUAUAAAUAAAUCACAUGUUCGCCCAAUUUUCUCCAUCGUCCUCCUCAAUCCACCGAAAAGAUUCUCUGCAAAUCAAAGAGAGAGAGACGGAAUCUAAUUAGCGGCGUUAUCUAUCCCGUUAUUCUCUCCUCUCUUUGAAAAAAAAAUUCCUCUUUUUUUUUUUUUCCGAGCAGCUUUUCUCGCAUUUGCGUUUGCGCGGCCGAUCCGAAUUUUUAAUUUUAAUUUUGUUUGGUAAGCGCAAAGGAAAAUUUAUACAAGAUGGUGUUGUGGUUUUUCGGUUACGGGUCGUUGGUGUGGAACCCUGGGUUUCCAGUCGAUGAGAAAGUGGUUGGGUUUAUCAAGGAUUAUAGGCGUGUAUUCGAUUUAGCAUGCAUUGAUCACAGAGGUACGCCUGAGCACCCUGCUAGAACCUGCACCUUGGAAGAACAAGAAGGAACUCUCUGCUGGGGUGCUGCCUAUUGCGUGCGUGGAGGGCCAGAAAAAGAAAAGGCAGCAAUUGAGUAUCUAGAGCGAAGAGAAUGCGAGUAUGACCACAAGACUUUGGUUGAUUUUUACAAAGAGGGUGAUUCUGAGGAGCCCUUUGUCACCGGUGUGAUAGUAUUCACAUCGACACCGGACAAGAUAUCGAACAAGUACUACUUAGGGCCUGCCCCUCUGGAAGACAUGGCUAGGCAAAUUGCAACGGCCAAUGGUCCAUGUGGCAAUAACAGGGAUUACCUUUUCUUGUUGGAGAAGGCCUUGUUUGAUAUUGGGCAUGAAGAUGACUAUGUAAUAGAGCUGGCAAAUGAGGUGAGGAAAGAGCUGGGAAUAGUUGGGGGUGUAAUGAAGGAGAAGAAGUUGACCGGUCAAACACACGUCCCAAUCAAGUCCAGUUUGUCACCUCUCAAGUUGAUGCCUUUGCCCGGAGCUAUUGCCAUGGAUUCUUAGUCGUCGUCUGCUGCUGCUAACACUCAUGAAGAAGAAGAAGACGGUCGAGCUUUUUUUCCUUUUAACAAUUCUAUUACCUGCGGAUUUUACUUUUAGGCAAUUCUUGAUGAUGAUGAUGAUGAUUGACAUUAACAAAGUGGUGUUUGGGACUAAGGUUGUAAUAGGAGGGGAAAGUGGAAUAUGUGGUUUAGAGACUCACUGAUUUUAUUAAUAAUUUGGGCCAAUUCACAAUUGGCUCCACACUAUAUUCGGAAUGAAAUCUUAUCCUUUUAUUUUUUUUUUU